CCGGUCGCGUCCUUCCCCCUUCUCGCAAAAUGGCCCUAGGUAAAUCCGUCUCCAGCGUUCACCCAUUGUCGCAGUCCCAGCUUGACCCCUGUGGUCACAUGCAAGGCGCCACAAUUCUUCAAGCCCCCCGAGUCCUCGCCCAGCCUUCACCAGCCUCCCACGCCUUCCAAAGCCACCUCACGCGUCGAACGCGCCAAAGACAAGACUCGACGCAUCGCCAAUUGGUCGGCCACUUUGACCAAACAGCGCCCGAUUCUCCUGCAGCUGACGCCCAAAAUCCCCCAAUCUUUGGCAUUUGCACCAGAAGCCGCCCUUUCGGAUCGUCUUCGGGAAUACUACCUCCCACUAGCUUGCCGCGCCGUGCUGCUUUCAUCCGGUGCAUGCAGAGUCGACUCGUCGCAUUGCAAUCGAGCCCAAACCGGCAGUUCUUUGCCUUGUCGCGCGUCUUUUCCGUUACCCAUACCUCUGAGAGGAAUACACUACAUACACACGGGGACUAUUUGUCUAGGAGGCCAAAGACCCGGUUUUUCGGUUGGCCGGCCGCCGCCCUAUUAAACAUUGUCCAAAUACCUUUUUCACUUCAAUGACCAGAAAUGUCGGACGGCAGAUCGGAUUCGGGGCUGGGCCUACGUUUUCUCGAUUUGAAUGACGAUGAGGACGACAACAGCCCAUGCAAAGGCCGCUUGCGCCGCUCCAGGAGCCAAACCAGCAAAUCGGUCCCCGUAACGCCGCAUGCCUCUUCACCGCAAAUUUCAACGCCCUCUCUUCCCUCACCGAUGAGCUAUCGGGGCUUCUCACCUCUCUCACCGACUCCUCGCCAGCAAUUUUCAACGCCCGGUGGUUAUUUCUCGACGCCGGUGGCUAAGAGCCCUCUAGCGCGCUCAUGGACCGAGGAUGAUCUCACUGCAUCAACUCAUUCAAAUGGGACUGAAAAGACGAAUGAGAACACUGAAAACACUCGAGAUACUCUCGGUCUGAUCCAGCGGCUCAACGACUUGGCGCAAAAGCUCCUCGCGGGUGAAGAUGUCCCUGACACAAACGUUAGCGCCAUGCACGGGAAGCUUGAUGAGAUCGAUUCAGUCUUAGCUGGAGAGCCGCCUCAAGCAACACCACAGGGCAAGCCAAAGAAUUGGCCGGCAGACGCCCGGAGUGUUGAGCAUGAAUCCUUGUGGACUUCGCCUUCGCCGUCAUGGUUUCGGUCGGGCCUUUCGGAAAUCUCACCGUCCUUCCGCAGCUCAUUCAGAAGAGAUACGCCUUCGCCUGAACCUACCGUUGAAAGGAAGCCCGCGGUUGAUACUUUCCGCAUCGCGUCCGAAGCAGCAAAACUCAACAUCGAGCUGGAAUCCCUCGUCACAAACCUCAAGGCCCGUCAAGAGGAAUCGGAGCACAUCCACCAACUUCUCGUAACCCGUGCAGAACGCGCAGCACAAAGAAUCAUCUUCCUCCAAGGUCGAGUACAUGACUUAGAAGAAGAACUCCAAGAAAACGACUCGGAACUCAGCUAUCUGCGCCUCGGCCUCAAGGCUAUAGAAGUGCAAUGCCCAACCGAUGUUGACGACGACCUCGCCCAAAGCAUUCAGAACUGGAAAACCGACUGGACCGCCCUCAAACGCAAACGGUCAAAGCACAAGAGCUACGACCGCUCUGCUUACAGCACACCCGCGGGGACGCCGUUGCGGCGGUGACACUCGCCCUAUCCCGACUUUGUUUUACAGCCUUCGUCUUUUAUGCGUGAUGACUAUAGAGAUUUGAACGAGUGAUGAAGCCACAAAAAGUUAUCAAGUACGGUUACGACUGAAGCAUAGCAAUGGUGUUUGGAAAGACAGCAGGAUACCCAGUCCGCGCAAUCUCGCAUUUCCUCUUAGGUCCCUUUACUACAGCAUAGCGGAUACCACAAAAAGUCAUGAUUACAGUUUCUUGUUUUUACCUCUGGACAGUUGGAAGAGG